AUGUGCCGUCUGCCGAUUCUGCUCGCCCUCGCCGCUCUCUCUUUUCCAUCUUUGACCGCAGCCCUCAGUACUGUGAGUUCACUUUUCUGCAGAGGUUUUUUGUUUGAAACUGGUUGUUACAGUGGAAUGUCGAGGCGCCAAAGUACUUUGCUGGUCCAGGGGAUCCAGAGCCCAGUACUCAGUCGUGGAUACGUAGUAGAACGGGCAAAACGAUAAAGUACCAUGCUCCGGCGUCUGGAGAUUCGGAACCGAGCGCCCAAGGAAUGUACUUUGGCGCAACGCGGCCCUGGGGCCAGAGAAGACGAUCCACUGUCAAUCCGCGAAAGUACUUUGCUCCGAUUCCCGGACAUCCAGAGCCCAGCACCCAGGGUCUGAUCGAUGUUGGCGAGCACCCGAAACACGGCACCACCUACCGCCCGAGACUCUUCAACGAACCGGCGGCCAAAUUGAGCGCCGAAGAGUUCGCGAAGCUCUACGCGCAACUGUUCACCGAUCUGAUCAACAAGAAGACACCCGAAGCGUACCAGGCGCACAACCCGUACUUGGACGUCGAGCUCUUGUUCUUCGAGUGCUAUGCGCAGACCGCUGAGAACUAUAGUAGGAUGAAGACAGGGAUUCAAUAGUUUCUCUCGUUUUGCAGAAAUGUUCCGCAAAUGGCUUGAACAGUUUGUGCUCUUCCACUCGAAACCCAAAAUCACGAUCAGCAGUGCGAGAGGAGACGCGUCGAGUGCCGAAUUCCAGUUGCACAUUGACGUGAAGACGAGAAUGGGACCGAGGAUGGAGUUUGAUAUCAAGUACAGUGCCACUUUGGAAGAGAGCGGAUGGAAGAUUCUGUUCAUUAAUCGAGAUAUUGGAUGCACCUAA